AUGACGUUCGAUUGGCCUGGGCAGAAUUAUCAGUUUUAUGGACCUACAACUCACUAUUUCAAUUUCUAAUAUUGGUACGACUCACACGUACUGUCCUUCGCUCAAGGACUUAAAUGAUAUUUUUAUGAUUCUAAAGAUGAAUUGUAUUGUCUAUCCCCUCCUCGCACCUGGUGUGCCUCCUUCUAAACCAACUCCUCCCUUCUCGCAAACCACGCCCUAUUGUUCGCCAAAGACCUUGGCUUCCUUGCAACAGUCACUGCGAAAGCUUGCGGGUUGGAUGCCUUUAUGGCUUUUAGGGAUCGUUUGCGAGCACGACUGUGGAAUAGACCAUAUCCAUUGUACCCAUUGGAACAUGUGCCGCAAGUGGGAAGACCUGCUUCGAUGCAAUGGGAAGAUGACGUGGCGAAGGAUGGAUUUUAUGGCAGGACUUUAUCAUAUAUCAAGUUUUAGAAGAACUAGAGCAGGAUAUAGAGAUAGACAUGUUCUUGAUAGAAGUAGCAGAGGGCCUCAAGAACAUGCCCAGAAAUAAAUCAACACGCAUUCGAUUUGAUUUGAAAUAUUCUCAAAACCUCUUUAAGAACGAAUACAGGCAAGCAGCACAACAAGAACAACAGCCAGCAUGCCAUUGAACCAUUGGUG